CUUUAUUAGACAAGUGCGUCGGUGUGAGUCGGUGCGUUGUCAUGGUGGAAGGGUUUUUUGGAAGUUGAAAAGAGAACGUGAACGGACGCCACUGACGCAAAUGCAGGUGUUAAAUUGGUGCUCCUCUAUUUUUACUCCAUUAACUCGGAAAUAGUGAGUUUUAAUUUUUCACAAGUUAAUAAUAUCAAGUUAAAUCUGAAAAGUGCAGUGAUUCAAAGGCUGAAAACCGACACUACCCUACGAAAGGAAAUUCUGGAAGUUGCAGGGAAAAAAUAGAAAAGGAUGUAGUAUCUCCCCCAGUCAUAACCUAUAAAAUACUGAGUACUCUAGUUACUUAUAAGGGGGCUGUUGCUGCAUGUGCUGCAGCUGGAAUGGAAUUAGCUAGUUUACAAACAAAAGAAGAAAGCGACGCUGUCAAUACUAUACUUCGCAACGCCCCUCUAAUUACUGAAUGCUGGAUAUCCGGUUCCAAAUUUGAUGACAAUAAAUGGUACUGGUUGAAAGGAGAGGCAAUGGUGUUUACUAAUUGGAAGGCUGGAGAACCAAACAAUGCAAAUGGAAAUGAAGAUUGUCUCGCAAUCUCUAAUGGUGGCACCAGUACUGGAUGGGACGAUGAAGUUUGCUCCGUACAAUUAUAUCCUGUGUGUGAAAAAGUCGUUGCUUCUCAGAAUGGAGGAUCUGGUUGCAAGGCUGAAGUUGUGAAUAUUUUUUGUUGACAGAGACAGAGCUGAUGUAAAUGUAUGUUAGCAAGAGAUCUAUUCUGCUUUGUAAACUGUGUCAAAUCUAUUUUGCGCUUUAUUAUUAAAGUUUUUGAAGUUAACUGUGUGUUCCGUUUAUAUUCGUAAGAAAUCCAUAAUAAAAGAUUCCAUUAUAUAACCAAA